AUGAAUCACAAGUUUUUGAUAAUCGGUCCACUGAUUGCAACUGUACUUGCUCUUGGACUUGGUAUUAUCAUUGGCCAUUUUGCUAUAACUAAGACAACAACUAAUACAUCUUCCAAGUAUGAUCGUCUUACAAGACCAGCUGAUCAACAAAACUAUCAAACAUUUAUUAAUUCUAUUCAACCAGCUAAUAUUGAAGCAAAUCUUAAAGAUCUCACAUCACGUCCUCAUAUGGCUGGUCUACCUGAAGAUUUAGAAAGUGCUCAAGUUAUUGAACAACGAUGGAAAAGUGAUGGUUUACAAGUAACUAAACCAAAAUAUAAUGUUCUUCUUUCUUAUCCAGAUAAUAAUAAUCCGAAUCGAGUUACUCUCAUAAGUGAUAAUGGUAUGGCGAUUUUUCAAACAGCUGGAGUUGAAAAAAUCUAUGAUUCAACACUACCAAAAACAGUCAAUCCAUUUCUUGCUUAUACACCUAAUGGAACUGUUUCUAGUAAUAAACUAUUCUAUGCUAAUUAUGGUGAACUUGAAGAUUUUCAAACCUUAGUAUCUCUUGUUGGAAAUGCUAGUCUUCAAGGUAGUAUCAUCAUUAUGAGAUAUGGUCGCAUUUAUCGAGGAGAUAAGGUAAUGCAUGCUCAAUAUUUUGGAGCUGUAGGUGCUAUAUUAUAUAAUGAUCCAGCUGAUUAUGCUCCAUUUGGAACAACUCCUGAUCAAGUCUAUGAUCAAAAAUGGUUUAUGCCUCCAAGUGGCGUACAAAGAGGAUCUGCAUCGAUUAUGAAUGGUGAUCCUUUGACACCUAUAUAUCCAUCGACAGACUAUAUGUACAGAGUGAGAGAAGACAGUGUACGUUUCCUACCUAAAAUUCCUGCUCAACCAAUUGGUUAUGGUGAAGCUCAAGUUAUUCUUCAAUAUCUCCAAGGUAGCGAAGUGCCAGUAGAAUGGCGUGGAACUUUGUCGAAUGUAACAUAUCGUUAUGGUGGAGAACUUCGUAAUGCAUCUACAAUUGAAGUAAAAACAUAUAAUCGACUUGAAAGAAAAGAUACAUACAAUGUGAUAGGAAUAAUGAAAGGAGAAAUCGAGCCAGAUCGAUAUAUUGCAAUUGGCAAUCAUCGAGAUUCUUGGACUCUGGGCAGUGUCGAUCCAACAAGUGGCACAGCUACUCUUCUUGAAAUAACACGAGUACUUGGUCAAAUGUAUAAAAAUGGUUUUCGACCACGACGUAGUUUAAUGUUUUGUUCAUGGGGUGCUGAAGAAUAUGCACUCAUUGGAUCACUAGAAUAUGUUCAGGAAUAUGUUAAAGUACUGGGUGCUCGAAUUGUCUCUUAUCUGAAUGUAGAUAAUGCCGUUGAAGGUAAAAUGUGUAUUAUAAAUGUUGAAAUGAUUACUUUACUUAUGUUUAAAACAGGAAAUUACACGAUUAAUAUCGAUACUUCUCCAUUGUUGUUUGAUAUUAUUCUUCAAGCAGCUAAAAUGAUUCCAAGUGCAUAUGAUCCUCCUGGACUAACUGUCUAUGAUAAAUGGAUGAAUGUUAAUCGAAAUAAUGUCACUAAUGAACCAAAAAUGAGAUAUGGUCUUGGAUCAGCUAGUGACUACUAUGGCUUUGACCAGUUGAUUGGAUCAUCAAAUAUGGAUAUGAGAUACACCUACAAUUUCGCUGAUUAUGGAAAUCCAGAUUCAUAUCCACUGUAUCAUACAUCAUAUGAAGUCUUUUCGAUGAUGAAAAAUUUUAUAGAUCCAGAUUUUAAAGCUCAUAGAACAAUAGGACAACUUUGGGGUGUUUUAACAUUACUUUUAUCUGAAACACCUGUUCUACAAUUUAAUGUAACAAGAUAUGCAACAGCACUUAUUCAAGCUAUGAAUACUCUUAAACCAACAGAUCCUACACUUCUUGAUCCACUUCGAAAUGCUAUCAAUGACUUUGGUAAGACAGCUCAAGAUUUUGUUGCACGAUCAAAAUCAUUAGAUUAUGAAAAGUAA